AUGAGAUGUGAAGCGGAAACAGGGGCCUGUCUGGCCUUUUGUGAGGAGAAGCUGGAGCAGCAGUACUCUCAGAGCUACAAGCAGAUCUCCGUGCUGGAGGAUGACCUCGGCCAAACGCGCAGCAUCAAGGAGCAGCUUCAUAAAUAUGUCAGAGAGCUCGAACAGUCCAACGACGACUUAGAGAGAGCCAAAAGAGCCACCAUUGUGUCUCUUGAGAACUUCGAGCAGCGCCUGAACCAGGCCAUUGAGAGAAAUGCCUUCCUGGAAAGUGAGCUGGAUGAGAAGGAGUCCCUUCUGGUCUCUGUACAAAGAUUCAAGGAUGAAGCCAGAGACUUGCGGCAGGAGCUGGCUGUGCGGGAGAGGCAGGCAGAUGCAACCAGGACAUCUGCUCCAAGUUCUCCCACACAGGAUAGUGUGAAGAUGGACUCUGCUGUGCAGGCAUCCCUUUCCCUCCCUGCUACCCCGCUAGCCAAAGGUCUGGAUAACGCCUUUGCCAACCCAACAGUUCUGCCUAAUGGCUACGGCAGCAACUCGCCGCUGACUCCGUCUGCCAGAAUAUCAGCCCUCAACAUCGUCAGUGAUUUACUUCGGAAGGUUGGGGCUCUGGAGUCGAAGCUCGCCGCUUGCAGGAACUUCGCCAAGGACCAGAAAGCCAGGAAGGCGUACUCGCUUGACAACAGCAACGUGCUGAAUGCAAACACAGCCAGCUACUCACAAGCGCUCCAUACGUCAUAUUUUGACAAAGCCAGGACCAUGAACGGGCUGGAAUCUGGUACCCUGGCGGCCAUCACUGCCCCUCCUUCUGCUUCCUCUCCUGGUUUAGUGCCGCUCGCCGUGUAACGCUGAGAAACCAAACACACUAGCACUGCAACAGAGGAGUAAAGAGGGAACACAAAGGCCGAUACUGUAAAUCCUCGUACUGUCCAUCGUGUCCCCCUAUCUAUUGUUCUGACUCCACACCUGUGCUUCGUAUCCGCUGAUGGACCCACGUGUGAUGUUGUGUGUUUUUGCUUUUUUCCUCACUGGCUUGUACAAACACUAUCCAGUCCUCUCGACGUGAGGAUCUCUGAUUUACUGCUUUCUGAAUUCACUGUAUCAUACAAAAUAAAGGGAAAUAUUAUGCAAUUAGAGUUGGAAAUUUCAGAAAUAAUGGGUUUAUUUAGCAAUAAUGUCAGUUAAAUACUCUCACUCCUUAAUAACUGGGGAGACAAACAGCAGGUUUAAUGGGACGGCACAUGUGCAGAUGUCCUCAUUACAGCCCAUGUCUUCAUCUAUUAUUGAUGUGUAAAAAUGUCUAACAUGAUGAAUGUUUAAAACAUGAUCUCUGGUGUUUAGGUGAUAACUGAAAAGAUUCUGGCUUUUAACUGUUACCUUGUGACUCUUCUGUUUACUGCAUUUAACUUGUAAUUGGUUUCAGAGUGGUCUAAAAGGGAGGAUGUGAGUCAAAGGCACAAUUUACUUCUGAACUCUAUGUGACAUGACGUGUGCAGUAUUGGUCAUAUUGAUCGUUCUGAACAGACAGCUUGUGAAGUGGCGCUGUCGUAGCGUUUAGACCUGUUAACCAGCAUUCUUUACCUUCUGUAGCUGAUCUGUUUCCUUCAACCUGUCGUUUCCUUUUGUUACACCUUUUUUAAGUUCAAGUGAAACAUAUUGACUUUAUGACAACUUUUAAGUCUUUUUUUCGUUUUCAUUCAAGUGCAAUAUCACCUGUUUGUGGGUUUAAUUUAUUAAAUAUUUCUUUAUAGCUCGUAUCAAUAAACAAUGUGAUUAUAA